AUGCAGAAAUCGAAAAGGGUGACUUCGACGCACUCUGGGGUGAUGACGACAUCAAGGGAGGAGGUGGUCCGUGCAAAGCUGCUGGCGGAACUGUCUACGUUGCGUGAGAGGCACAGUGCACUUCAGGGACAAGACGGACGCUCUGAGGGACAUCGUUGCUUGCAUGAGGAGUCACCGCCAGGAAGUAUCGAGAAGGCUGACACCCCACUUGGACAGGCUGAUCGUGAUGCUAUUGAGGCGUUCUUCAACGACGCCGAAGACGACUUUACGAGAGAUUUCAAUGAGGGGCGUGGAAAACUUGAACGAAGUGAGCUACUGGAUAAGUUGACCAUGGCUCCAAAGGAAGGGUAG